AUGAACAAGGAGGAACUUGUCGAGCCUUUAGCGAAAUCUCAAGAUCAAGAGGACUGCAUAAGAUCUGUCGUGAAAAAAGUUAAAGAAGUUCAUUCCAUUAAGUGGAAGAAAGUGGGAAGCGAGAAGCAAUUCAGGUUUAACCAUUCUGUGGAAGCCAGAUUUGAUUCAGCCAUCUUCGCCAUUGAGAAAAGGAAGCUGGAUAAGGCAAAAAAAGAGCUAGAAGAGGGUAAGAAGCUUUUGUCUGAACGUCAAAAAUUGAUUAAGCUGGCCGAUCGAUCCGAGUGUGGUUGGACCACGGUUUCAUGAUCAACUUACGUUACUGA